UCACCGGAACACUGUGCAGUAUCUGUACAUUUUAUUUAUGCAUCAGUCUGCCUGCACACUUCUCCAGUUCCGCUUACAAAAUUGUAUCAUUUCCUAGUACAAAGCAGAUACAUGCAGUCUGGAUAAAAAUUCCCGUGCCAUAAAUAGCUCCGGAUGAUGGGGAUCAUAUCUUGACAGUGGUUUACACCGCAGAUCUCACGUUGAUUGUGGAGAUAAAUGAUUUCACAAGAUGUGUCCCUGCGGCACCAGAGGAGACGGUCUGUUGUUCGAUGUUUAGCCCCACCUUCCAGUAGCGUGCCACCGUCCGUUCCAGCACGACACGUAACCAGCUUGCGACGAUGAGCUCGUCAGCGAAGCUGACCGUGGUGGAGGUGCGUGAAUCCUUGCAGCGUUUCGGUCUAGCGGAUUAUAUCGUGUUCGUAGCCAGCCUGCUAAUAUGUGUCGUGAUCGGCGUGUACUUCGGGUGGAAAGACUGGAGUGUUCAGCGAAAGCGCAAACAGAACGUGCGACGUGGUUCGGCUGCACUGAACUAUCUUGUCGGCGGUAGAAAGAUGAAGAUUUUCCCCGUGGCCAUGUCACUGAUUGCCAGCUUCAUAUCCGGCAUUGCGGUGAUGGGUGCGUCGACCGAAACGUAUCUGCAUGGUACGCAGUUCUGCUACGUCUUUACCGCCAUCAUACUAAUGGCCGUUAGUAUGAACUUUAUAUUUCUGCCCGUGUACCAGGGACUAGAAAUCACGUCGGCGUACGCCUAUCUGCAGCUGAGAUUCGAUCGACGUAUAAGGCUGCUCGGGUCGGGGUUGUUUACACUGGCAACGCUACUUCAUCUUCCGAUCGUGAUCUAUGUGCCUGCGUUGGCCUUCAAUCAGGUGUCCGGCGUUAAUGUGCACAUUGUGUCGACCAGUGUCUGCAUGGUGUGUAUAUUCUACACCUUGGUGGGUGGCAUUAAAGCGGUCGUUUGGACGGAUGUGAUACAGAUGUUCAUCAUGAUCGGUGCCUUGAUCUUGAUCGUGAUCAAAGGAACAGCCGACAUAGGAGGUCUCGGAGUUUUGAUCGAACGGAACAUGGCAAGCGGAAGAAUUGAAGCUCCUAAUUUCAAUUUCGAUCCAACAGAACGGCACACCAUCUGGGCGAUCUUUAUUGGCGGUGGAUCGUUUUGGAUGGGCAAAAAUGCCAUUCAUCAGAUGAUGAUCCAGCGCUACCUGGCACUGCCCACGUUCCGCGAUGCACAGAAAGCACUGCUAUGCUUUACGGUGGGCAUAAUACUGCUCCUGAUGACCUGUUUCUACAACGGCUUGCUGAUAUACGCCACCUUCCACGAUUGCGAUCCCCUGACGACGGGUUUGGCAAAGGCCAAGGAUCAACUAAUACCGGUCCUGCUGAUGAAGGUGCUUGGCAACUAUCCCGGGCUAGCUGGAUUAUUCAUAUCGGGCAUAUUUAGUGCAUCGCUUAGUUCGCUUUCCACCGGACUAAACUCACUGUCGGCGAUCGUGCUGGAAGACUUUGUGAAACCGUUCGUACGGAAACCGUUGAGCGAACGAAGCACGCGUUACAUUAUGCGUGGAACCGUGUUAGGCUUCGGUAUAGUGGCGGUCGCACUAGUACUGGUGGUAGAGAAGCUUGGCACCGUGUUGCAACUGUCGAUGAGUUUGGUGCCCAUUUCGCUCGGUCCUUUGCUGGGGUUGUUUCUGCUCGGGAUGCUACUACCAUGGGUUGAUGCAAGCAGCGCAUUCGGUGGUGCACUAUGUGGUCUGCUAACCAUGUCGUACAUCGUUAUACGAGCCCAGAUUGCGGUAGCUGCAAGAGAGAUGCCCAUCCCAGCAAAGCCAGUAUCGGUGGAAGGAUGCGAGUACGAAUUCGAACUUCCGCCAGGAUAUAACACAUCCACCGCACUGCCCACACCACCGGUGGAAAAAUCCAUCCAUCACGUGUCCUACCUGUACUACACAUUCAUCGGAGCCGCGACAACUGUGCUGAUCGGGUCCAUCAGUGCCGCCAUUCUGCGUCGUCAACAACCCAGCAAACUGGAUCCGCUACUGGUUGCUCCGUUUGUGAGGAAGAUUUAUUUCCCCCAAUCCAUACCGCGCACGGUUGUGACUACGCACACGUUCGAUAAUAAAGAGGAUACCGCACUGUAUCUGACUUGUCUGUUGAUUAACGAGUACGCUGCUAGGCGCAAUUAUGUGGCCCUUACCCAUGCACAGCCGCCCACGGGUACACGUGGGUGAUGGUGCCUGCUGAUGACGAUCAAAAGUCAAGAGGCUGUCCGUUAUCAUGUCUGUGUCAUGGAUGGGUGGCUUCCGACUUCGGGUCGGUUGGUUGAGCUGCAUCCUCAGUGGGACACUGUUUGUACUGUGGCAUUAUUUA